AUGGCGGCCAAGGUUUCUUUUCUUCUUCCAUUUUUCUUAGUUGCUGCAAUCCUUACGGUCUCCUCCACUGCAGUAUUGACCACCAGCACUAAGACCCCGAGCUGGGUCCUGGAUGGAGCUCGAGCUCGCUGUCAUGGAUCCAUGGCAGAGUGCAUGAUGGGCGAUAUUGAAUUUGAGAUGAACUCUGAUAUCAAUAGACGCAUAUUGGCAGAUUUAAACUACAUAAGCUACGACGCGCUCAAGGCCAACACGGUGCCAUGCUCACGCAGAGGAGCAUCUUACUACAAUUGUCAGCCAGGUGCCGAGGCAAACCCCUAUGACCGUGGCUGCAAUGCUAUUUCUCGUUGCCGAAGCUAA